AUGCCCGAUGAGAGCGAACAGCAAGAGCGAGAAACAGCAAGAGCGAGAAACAGCAAGAGCGAGAAACAGCAAGAACGAGAAACAGCAAGAGCGAGAAACAGCAAGAGCGAACAGCAAGAGCGAGAAACAGCAAGAGCGAGAAACAGCAAGAGCGAGAAACAGCAAGAACGAGAAACAGCAAGAACGAGCAACAGCAAGAACGAGAAACAGCAAGAGCGAGAAACAGCAAGAGCGAACACCAAGAGCGAGAAACAGCAAGAGCGAGAAACAGCAAGAGCGAGAAACAGCAAGAGCGAGAAACAGCAAGAGCGAGAAACAGCAAGAGCGAACAGCAAGAGCGAACAGCAAGAGCGAGAAACAGCAAGAGCGAGAAACAGCAAGAGCGAGAAACAGCAAGAACGAGAAACAGCAAGAGCGAGAAACAGCAAGAGCGAACAGCAAGAGCGAACAGCAAGAGCGAGAAACAGCAAGAGCGAAAAGCAAGAGCGAGAAACAGCAAGAGCGAGAAACAGCAAGAGCGAACAGCAAGAGCGAGAAACAGCAAGAGCGAGAAACAGCAAGAGCGAGAAACAGCAAGAGAGAGAAACAGCAAGAGCGAGAAACAGCAAGAGCGAACAGCAAGAGCGAGAAACAGCAAGAACGAGAAACAGCAAGAGCGAGAAACAGCAAGAGCGAGAAACAGCAAGAACGAGAAACAGCAAGAGCGAGAAACAGCAAGAGCGAACAGCAAGAGCGAACAGCAAGAGCGAACAGCAAGAGCGAACAGCAAGAGCGAACAGCAAGAGCGAGAAACAGCAAGAGCGAACAGCAAGAGCGAACAGCAAGAGCGAGAAACAGCAAGAGCGAACAGCAAGAGCGAGAAACAGCAAGAGCGAGAAACAGCAAGAACGAGAAACAGCAAGAGCGAGAAACAGCAAGAGCGAGAAACAGCAAGAGCGAACAGCAAGAGCGAGAAACAGCAAGAGGGAGAAACAGCAAGAGCGAGAAACAGCAAGAGCGAGAAACAGCAGGAGCGAACAGCAAGAGGGAGAAACAGCAAGAGCGAGAAACAGCAAGAGCGAGAAACAGCAAGAGCGAGAAACAGCAAGAGCGAGAAACAGCAAGAGCGAGAAACAGCAAGAGCGAACAGCAAGAGCGAACAGCAAGAGCGAGAAACAGCAAGAGCGAACAGCAAGAGCGAGAAACAGCAAGAGCGAGAAACAGCAAGAGCGAACAGCAAGAGCGAGAAACAGCAAGAGCGAGAAACAGCAAGAGCGAGAAACAGCAAGAGCGAACAGCAAGAGCGAGAAACAGCAAGAGCGAGAAACAGCAAGAGCGAGAAACAGCAAGAGCGAGAAACAGCAAGAGCGAACAGCAGGAGCGAGAAACAGCAAGAGCGAACAGCAAGAGCGAGAAACAGCAAGAGCGAGAAACAGCAAGAGCGAGAAACAGCAAGAGCGAACAGCAAGAGCGAACAGCAAGAGCGAACAGCAAGAGCGAACAGCAGGAGCGAGAAACAGCAAGAGCGAACAGCAAGAGCGAACAGCAAGAGAGAGAAACAGCAAGAGCGAGAAACAGCAAGAGCGAACAGCAAGAGCGGGAAACAGCAAGAGCGAACAGCAAGAGCGAGAAACAGCAAGAACGAGAAACAGCAAGAGCGAGAACAGCAAGAGCGAACAGCAAGAGCGAGAAACAGCAAGAGCGAGAAACAGCAAGAGCGAGAAACAGCAAGAGCGAACAGCAAGAGCGAGCAACAGCAAGAGAGAGAAACAGCAGGAGCGAGAAACAGCAAGAGCGACAGCAAGAGCGAGAAACAGCAAGAGCGAGAAACAGCAGGAGCGAGAAACAGCAAGAACGAGAAACAGCAAGAGCGAGAAACAGCAAGAGCGAGAAACAGCAAGAGCGAACAGCAAGAGCGAGAAACAGCAAGAGCGAGAAACAGCAGGAGCGAGAAACAGCAAGAGCGAACAGCAAGAGCGAACAGCAAGAGCGAGAAACAGCAAGAGCGAGAAACAGCAAGAACGAGAAACAGCAAGAGCGAGAAACAGCAAGAGCGAGAAACAGCAAGAGCGAACAGCAAGAGCGAGAAACAGCAAGAGCGAACAGCAAGAGCGAACAGCAAGAGCGAGAAACAGCAAGAGCGAGAAACAGCAAGAGCGAGAAACAGCAAGAGCGAGAAACAGCAAUAGCGAGAAACAGCAAGAGCGAGAACAGCAAGAACGAGAAACAGCAAGAGCGAGAAACAGCAAGAGCGAUAAACAGCAAGAGCGAUAA